AUGGUCAACAAAUCUUCAUAAUUACAUGAAUACAAUUUCGCUGAUCAUCCUUUGUCUGGUGUUCCUGUUUGGAACGGUGGGGAAUGGCUUGGUGAUCUAUGUGACCGGUUUCAGAAUGAAAAGAACAGUCAACUCAAUCUGGUUUCUCAACUUGGCUGUGGCUGACUUCCUCUUCACCAGCUUUCUGAUCUUCCUAAUCAUCUCCCUGGCCAAGGACUACCACUGGCCUUUCGGAUGGUUUAUGUGCAAACUCAGCUCCGUCAUCGCCAUCGGAAACAUGUUUGCCAGCGUCUUCUUCCUGACGGCCAUAAGUGUGGAUCGCUGCCUGUGCACAUGGGUGGUGGUGUGGUCCCAGAACCACAGGACCGUCCGGAAAGCUCAGCUCAUAUGUGCUGGCAUCUGGCUGGCUUCUCUGGCCUGCAGCAUACCUUAUGGACAUUCUAGAUGUAUUUACGUCCGAAUGCAGUUCACUGUUUGUGCACUGUCCCAGACGGCCAAUAAACUUGCCCUCACUCACUUCCAAUUCGUCAUGGGCUUCCUCAUCCCCAUGCUGGCCAUAACUGGGUCUAAUGUCGCCAUAGGUGUGCGAAUGAGGCGCUUCAACCGAGCUAAGAGUAGGAAAUCUCUACGCAUUAUUAUUGCCAUUAUCCUUGCAUUUGUAGUAUGCUGGGUUCCCUACCACGUGCAUAAGUAUAUAGAAGCAUAUGGCUCCAAGGACAAAAUUGUCACAAUUCGAAGAUUUUUGGGACCAUUAUCAUCAAACCUGAUCACGGUAAACAGCUGCCUGAAUCCCCUGCUCUACGUCUUCAUGUGUGAUGAAUUUAUAAAGAAGCUCAAACAAUCUCUGUUUCAUGUCCUAGAGACUGCAUUGGCAGAAUAAUUCCCGGUCUAAUAU